UGCCGAAUUUGGUGGUAAAAUUCGGCUGGAUUCGUGUGACCAGAAACUAGCAUUAACUUCCCAAAACAAAAGGUUACUGCAUUAAAUUACGGUAACUAUAAUGUGUCAACUCUAAAAUGGCUCCUGGAUUUAAAACACAUUGUAGCUUAUUGAUAACGCAAUUCAUUUGAUGUGAAUGAUACUUGAUGAUCACGCUCAUUACAAGGAUAGCUUACGGUUUCCUCCAAUAUCUGAAAACAACGCAAUCCUUACGACACCAUUCAAAUCGAGACCCAGGAGCCACUCUAGACGGUGUCACACAGUUACUAUUGGAACUUUAGUAAAACAGUAUCUUACGGAUUGCCGAGACUGUCCAUCCCAAAUGUUUGUUUACGCGCAGGUUUGAGUUUUGAAGCCCGCGGGAGAUUUAGGGUAACAACAACAUUUAGGGCUCAUGUAAUUCUGUGUAAGCAGGCAUUACCAACAACAACAAGCCCGCGGGAGACUGGAUCAUUGGUAUUCAUGUCCUUCUAGCCAAGCAUCCUUAAGCCCCAAAUCAACAAGAAGCCCGCGGGAGAUUGGAUCGUUGGGGCUCAUGUAAUUCUGUCUAAGCAGCCCUUAAGUCCCCAGUCAACAGCAACAAGCCCGCGGGAGUCAACACACGGCCGCAGAGGAACCCUGUACCUUAUUGCAGCCGAGGAGAAGCUGGGAACUACACACGAGCCGAUAGUCUUAUCUGCUAACUUACAUCUCAUCCAGCCAAGAUGAGCAAGGACAGUGAAAUGAAGACAGAGACCAAAGUGAAGCUAGAGGAGCAUCUGGAGUCAGCCUUGCAGCGCAUCGUCACUCAGGAGAAGCAGAAGCUCCUCCCACAGCUGGAUAUCAUGUGUUCACUAGCCAGUCAGAAGGAGCAGAUCCUGGCCUCUAUGAUACAUGCUAGGAAGGAGCAACAGUGUCCAGAAGAGGAUGCAGAAGAUGACUAUGGUCCAUCACUUGACAGCCAGAAGGACCAGCUCUACCAAGAUAUUGAAGAUCGGCAGACUGCUCUCAUGAACCACAGAAUAGUGAAAAAUGCAAUGCAGACAGCAGCUUUCAAGUUCCAGAUGCAAGAUGCCGUUCGAAAUGGCCUGCAGAAGGUGAAUGCAGACGAGACAAUGGAUAAUUUAACUGAAAGAGGGAUGCUUUUGGCUCACUGUGGCAGCAACCUGCAGUCAUACAAAGAGCUUACCACUGUACAGGAAGAAAUGGCAAAUUUGAACAAGGAGAUCCUUCACCUCCACCUCAAGUACUCAUCCAUCCUCAAGAAAAUAAGAUCAAAAUGGGAGGCAUUGCAAGACAGAUUCAUGCAAGCAGGAGAAAAGAACAAAAUGCUGACCCAGAUGCAGAACAAGGCAAAAGAAAGAGAGGGCAAGAUACAGCUACUGGUGGUGAUGAUUCAGGGUCUCAUAUCAGCUUGUGGAUUCCAGUGGGGUGCUUAUGAGUAUUAUAUACAGGUUUUGGAGUUAUGUGACUCGGCAGUGAUAACUGAAGACAUCGUCAAGCAGAAUGCUCUCAUGGCCAAGAUAUCUAAGAUUCAAGAAAAAGAAAAUAUAGGCACACUGAAGGAAAUGCUAAGUGCCAGCAAGCCACGUAGGGAACAGACCUCCUAAUUUAUCUUCUUUAUGCAGAUUGCUCCUGAAGAAAUAGCAUUUUAAUGAUUUUAUUUUAGUUAUACUCUUGAUUUUUAUGUUUGGAUGAAUGGAAUAGACAUAUACAUAUUCUGCCUAGAUUUCUAAGCUCAGUGUAUGAAUAGUAUAUAUAUAUAUAUAUAUAUAUAUAUAUAUAUAUAUAUAUAUAUAUAUAUAUAUAUAUAUAUAUAUAUAUAUAUAUAUAUAUAUAUAUAUAUAUAUUAGUUUUUUAUGGAAAAGGUUAUGAAAAUUUACCUGGAAGUAUAUUGGAAUACUGGUUUUGUUAUUCAUCUCUCCAUUUUAUGUAAUUAUUGUUUUAUUUAUAUUUUUGGAGAAAGCUAUAGAAAUUUCCAAUUUAUAUAAUUGUAUCAUUUUGAUUUUAGAAGAUAUAGAAAUGUGCCUUUUUCUAGUGUUGUCAUUUAUCUCUCCAAGACAUGUAGCUACAUCAUUCCAUCUCACAGUGGACAAUUAUAAUACAUCAGUGGAGGAAAUGGGGAAGGUAAGCCUAUUUGAGGUAGAAGCUACAACUGUCUCUAAAAAAUAAAACAGAUUUCUUUUAUCUCUUUUUUCUUUAACAAUUAAUUCCUGUAUGACUUACAUAAUUAAUUGUUAAAGCUGAUAAUGUUAGUGAGGUGCAUUAGUUGAAUCUCUACAUUCUAUCUUUUACUUGACUAUAUUUUAUUUCACAUAUUCUUUUUUUAAAUUAUUAUUGAAGGAGUUUAUUUUCUCAACAGUUAUGCUGCUCACACUUAGAAACCAUUGCAAGCUCAUUAAAUCAUAAUACAGUAAGUUAGACAUUUUCCUUAAACAUUUUCCCAGUAGAUCCUAAAAAAUAUACAUAUUUGUAAUUUUAUUAAUAAAAUGAAAUACCUUAAAAAA